AUGCUGGCUUUGCAGAAGAUUGCCAAGCACCUGAUUCUGUGCAGAAUUAAGACAGGCCUCAGCGUGGGCUCCGACUGCGCGCUUAGCGGCUGCGCGCACAGGGCACGAGCCCAGCCCCCAGUCGGGAUGAUGGUUCAUCAGAACCACGAAACGCAGCACCCAGAGGGCCAGCGGCCCUGGGCUCACUUUGCCGUGAGCGGUGAGCGUCGCGUCCUCCUCCUUUGCAGAGGGGCAGGGUCGACUUGUUCUGAGGUACCCAGGUACCACAGGGCGCUGACAAUGGCUUCUGCUUGGGAGAGGAAGUGCUACUAUUCAGGUCUGGGGAAGAAAGUGGUGUUCCUUCCCAACCUCCUUCUCUGUGAGGAGUUCACGAAGGACAGUGGUUACCUGCAAUCUCUUGAGGGAGUGCUGCUGCUGGCGGAUGUCUCAGGUUUCACUGCCUUGGCAGAGAAGUGUGUCCAGCAGAAUGGACCAGAGAGAGGAGCUGAGGAGCUGGCGCAUGUCCUCAACGCCUACAUGGGGGACAUUCUGGAGGUGGUGCUGGCUUGUGGAGGAGACAUCCUGAAGUUUGCAGGGGAUGCUGUGCUGGUGCUUUGGAGAGCAGCACCGCCUCAGAUGCCUAUGGCCAUCAACGUGGCGCUGCAGUGCGCCUGGAAAAUCCAGAAGAAGUACGGCACUCAUGACACGCACAUGGGUCUCAAGCUCCACCUGAAGAUAGGGAUCUCGGCCGGGAUUCUCUCCUUCCUAUCCAUCAGAGGUGGGGAUCAUCAGUACUUCUUCGUCUGCAGCCAGGCCCUGGAGGAAGUUAUCGAGGCCCAAAGCCUUUCGGCUGACUAUGAAAUCAUGAUGUCACAGACCUGCUGGGAGCUGUGUGGGCAGCAACGAAUCAAGGCCCAAUCUAUUGCUGGCAGAAGGGCCAUGAAGGUUGUGAGAAUGAUGCACUUAGCUCGCCAAGAAUACCAAGAUGCUGUAGGCCAGCUGAACAUGUACAGAGGGGAUUGGCAUUUGAAAGGGACGGCCCUCCAAAGGCCGGUUCUUAGGAGCUCUGGUGAUCCUGAAGUGGCAGCGAGGCUGGAGAUGCACAUACCGACAGCAGUUCUCCAGAAGCUUCGUCAGGACAUGCCACUGGAGCUGUGCUCUGAGCUACGGCCGGUCACCGUCCUCUUUGUCCAGCUGCAGUUUCCUGACACGAUCAGCGUAGUGGAGCUCAGCAGCAGCCUCAGUGAUAGCAGCAGUAUGAUUUCAGAAAUCAUCAGCCCUCACAAGGGUGAAAUCAACAAAACUCUUCUGUUUGAAAAAGGCUGCACCUUUCUCUGCGUGUUUGGAUUUCCUGGAGGAAAAUUGGCCUGUGAGAGCACCCACACCUUGGAAUGUGCUAUGCAGAUCUUCCACAAGGCCUCCACGGGGCUGAGAAAACUCCAGCAAGUUUCCGUCGGGGUCAGCAGCGGGACGGCGUUCUGCAGCCUCACUGGCCAUCCCGAGAGGUGUGAACACACAGCCCUUGGCUUUAAGGUGAAUUUGGCCGCCCGCAUGAUGAUAGCCUACCCAGGGAUGGUGUCCUGUGAUGCAGAGACCCACGCGGCCUCUCGCCUGCCCAGCUACUGCUUCAAAGAGUUGCCACAGAGAGACAUGAAAGGUGUUACCAAUCCCGUCACCAUCUAUCAAUACAUGGGGAUCACCGAGCACCAAAAUGACAUGGGCCUUGCCAGGGAGAGGUCGCACUAUGGUCCCUUGCUGGGUCGCGAGGCGGAGAUCGAAACCUUUGAUUGCUGCUUGGAGGCCUAUGAGCUUUUGGAAGAAGCACAGAUCCUGGCAUUUGUGGGCAUUCCAGGCUCUGGAAAGAGCCACUUACUUGCCGAGCUGGCCGUUUUAGACCGGGCUACUAAGUACAAGGUCAACACUAUGGAAUUGACAGAGGACAACAUGAAGCAGCCCUUCUCUGCCAUCCGUCUACUGGUGGCCAGGGCGCUGGGUCUCCAGGGUGAUGAAACCUCCAGUGACAGGCAGCGCACUCUGCAGACCGUGCUCCAAGACACAGUGGAAGAGAGCAGCUAUUGCCUGCUAAACGAUGUUUUCUUAGUUGAGUUUCCCAUCACGGACGAGGUUUCCAAGAUGUGUUCCGCUGAAAGGGCCAGCGCGUUCCACCUGACUUGUACACAAGUGCUACAGAAGGUGCUUGGGGGGAAAUACGGCAUAUUUUUCAUCGACAACGCCCACUUCCUCGACACUAGGUCCUGGUCUAUCAUGUGGCCCCUGCUUCAAAGUGUCACGGUCUUUAUGGUCAUGAGCUUAGUUCCGGGCCAUGACAGAACAGAGAGCAUUUUCAAAGCUGCCGCAGACUGCAAGACAUCUGAGACGAUCACUUGUGUUCGUCUGGAAGGGCUGAAAGCUUCAGCUGUAGUGCAGAAAGCCUGCCAGGACCUUGGAGUGAGCAGCAUCCCCAGGGAGCUAGCAAGGUUCCUGAUCCAGAGAAGCUCUGGCAUCCCAUAUUACUGUGAGGAACUGCUGCGCUACCUGCGACGCAACAACAUGCUCUUGUUGCACACUGGGAGGCCGGACGAAGGACAGGACAACUGGCAGAGCCUGAUUGCCAAGGCGUCACCUGCUGUCACCGCUGCCUCGAGCUUGGGUACCAGGAAUGACAGCGAAAGGAUCUGUACCAUCAGACCAGACGUGAGCCUGGAGAACCCCAUGCUGCCGGUGGCCUUGAAAGAGAUUGCGCUGGCUGAGCUGGAUCGGAUCAAUCUGGAGAAGCAGAUGGUUCUGAAGUUUGCAGCCAUCAUAGGGCCGGUGUUUACCACCCAGCAGCUGGUUCACAUUAUUCCCAGUAGCAAAAGGCACAGGAUUAAUUCACUGCUGGACAAGCUGGUGGAGGACAACAUCCUGAAGCAACUGGACAUCGAGGAGCCAGAAGGCAAGUGAGGUGCUACAAAGAGGCUGCCCACCUCUGGGCCGGCAAGAAGCGGGAUGAAGAGGCCCUCUGUGAGCAGGGAGACCAUGCAGCAGGAGUCUAAAAUCCUGGCCUUUUGCACCCCUCUGCUGUGGGAGGCAACUUACAAGCUGUGGCCCACGAGGCAGAAGAUCAACAUUCACUGUCAGUGUGCUGCCUUCCUGGAGAGGCAUGCACACAAAUGCCAGAGGUGCCACGAAGGGGACUUUGUGGCCUUCCACCGCUUUGGCAUCUCCAGACCCCAGGAGCAGGGGAGCUGCCAGGGCUCUGCUGAGAAGGACAACUGGAGCAGCUGGGAGGCCUUGGUAGUUGCUGGAGAACACCUGCGGAGGGCUAGGACCCUCCCUGCAGAGGGGAUUCUGGCAGAAGGCGAGCACACAACGCUGCGGGCCAAGGACAGUGGCCGGUGCUGCCAGUGUGAAGCCAUCGCCGAAGCGGUGCUUGUGCCCCUGGCUCGCCACUACACAGCCAUGGGCAAUGCUUCCCAAGCCUUCUACUACCUGCUGGAGUCUGCGGCUGCCUACCUGCACGUCUCCAACAGCUCCAUGGCCUUCAUGAAGCUGAAUGAAGCGGAGGUCCUGAGGAGCUCCCUAGAGGAAAAAAGGAGUGCCGUAGACCGCUUUGAGGAGGCCAUCUUCUUCAGCCUCAAAGGAGAGGUCUGCAGGAACAUGGGAUGUGUGAAGCUGGCCAGGAAAAUGAGCAGGCAGGCACUAAGCCUGCUGGAAAAGCAUUUCCCCCGGAGCCGUGCUGGGGCCUUUGUCAAGUCUCUGUGGGAAAGGUUGCAGCAGAUUUCUCAGGCCACACGCAGAGCGUCCUUCCUUCCGCAGCAGGCUCGGAGGAAGAAACAAGCCUGGCUGCUUCACCGGAGCAGAUGCCUCUCCUUGCUCCAGGACCUCUACAGCCAGGAGGGCACAUCUGCUGGACAGAGAUUCUCCCGCCUGGCAGCACUCAUGAAGGCUAACACGGACAGGAAGAUGGACUCCUACCAGGCAGCAGACUCCAACGCUGGACUACUUUGAAUCACAGAAUCACAGAAUUGUAGGGGUUGGAAGGGACCUCCAGGGAUCAUCGUGUCCAACCCCCCUGCCAAAGCAGGUUCCCUACCGCAGGUCGCACAGGUAGGCCUCCAGGCAGGUCUUGAACAUCUCCAGAGCAGGAGACUCCCCCACCUCCCUGGGCAGCCUGUUCCAGUGCUCCGUCACCUCACUGUAAAGAAGUUCUUGCGCACGUUUGUGCAGAACUUCCUAUGCUGCAGUUCCCGGCCGUUUCCCCUUGUCCUGUCGCCAUUCACAUUCACAUUCACAAAGAGUCCGGCCUCGCCAUUCUGCCCCCCACAACUUAGAUAUUUAUAGACCUGGAUCAGGUCCCCUCUCAGUCUUCUUUUCUCAAGGCUGAACAGACCCAGUUCACUCAGCCUUUCUUCAUAGGAGAGAUGCUCCAGGCCCUUCACCAUCUUCGUGGCCCUCCGCUGAAUUAAGGAAAACAAGUGAGGUUAAAAGCUAUGUGCCUUCAUGGGUGCUGGAUCGGCAGCUACAGAUCUGACCUUGCUAAUCCAGCUUUUGGCUGCCAAUAACUGAUGCUUUACUACAGACUUGGACAGUUAGUGCAGACAGCGGGUCUCCUGUUUCUCCAGGUAACGUCGUUAGCUACCCUAUGUGUGCAGUGCAGUGUGUGACAGCUGGCUAGGACAAUAAACCACAAAUUAACAAGGAGGCAACAGAUGGAGGAAGGAGUCGUAGCCUAUAAGACAGCCAGCCAAAGCCCGCCAACUGUCCUCCAACUGACUCACGUCAAAAAGCACGCAGUCAGGAAGAGAACAGCCUUCAUCAAAAAGACCACCAGACCACCACCGAGAGCUACGACAUGUGUGCAGACUCUCACACUGGACAACAACUCUCCUUUACCUACUCUAUCUUAGUAAAAUUGUUGCUUCCUUAUGUUCGUGCUUUUUCGCCUUUCUUGAGAUCUGGAAAAUGUAAGAACAUUGAAUUUUCACGUGCUUUCUAGAAAAAAUAUGUCUUUCUAAACACAGGUUUAGUCGCUCAGGAAAGCCAAGCCAUGAGUAGGUUUGCCUUUCAAAAUAGAAAAGCAUCUUCUGAAAUUCAUUUAAACACAUCUCUGGGGUUUUGCCAGUUAGGUAGCAUUUGAGCUCGCAAUACAGAGAAGCAAGACUGAUAAAUCGGUAGCCAGGCUUAUACUUGGGGUCUGUCUUUGAUCAGUGGAAUUGCCCUCUGUGUUAGGAAGUGGACAGAUUCCACGCACAUGCCGUGCAAUCUCAUCCAAGAUGACUUGCUCCGUAACUUUCCCUGGUACCGAGGUACCGAGGUAUCUGGUCCCCGCAUCCUCCUUACGGCCCUCCUUUUGAUGCACCCAGAUUCUCGGAGAGAACUCCCUGGGUCGACACAUCCACCACAGAGCAGGGAGAGAGCCCCGGCUGUAUGAUUUGUGGGUUUGGAAGGAACGAGACAAAAUGUUUGGAUGGUAUAAGAAGGUGUCUCGGUUAAUGGUAUGUGGAAGCAUAAUUGAGUGUAGGUGGAAGCGUAAUUGAGGGUACGAAUAGCGGAACAGUUGAAAAGGCAAAAGGGUGAAAGGAAAAGUGAGUUUAUCUGCACUGGCAUGAGAGCAACCCCUGCAGAACGCUAGGAGAGAGAGAGCGCCAGGGCUGGAAACUGCUGCUGUAAGCAGCCUUGUUCACAAAAGGGGUGAGGGGCAUUGGAAGUGAGGAUAGCCUUCCAGGAAAGCUAGAGGGCCGUGCCCAGUGGGCAGUGGUGAAUGGAGUGAAGUCCAGCUGGCGACCUGUU